AUGACAUCGNGAUCAGUGAUAUUACAUUAUUUCAAUAUGGGCUAUUGUUGCGCUGCUGAAAUUGCUCGACAAACACACAUUCCUGUCCGUACUAUUCAGUAUAAUUUAGUCAAGAUUCGGAAGCAAGGCGGCGUGGAACACCGACGAGGCAACGGUCGACGUCGAAAAAUCUCAAAUGAAGAUAAUGUUGUACUUGGCUAG